CCAUUAUUUUUAAUUUUCAAUUGUAACUGCCGGAUUCAGUUGUAUAUUUUCGGUGUUCUGUAGUAUUUUUUUGUAAUUCUGUGUGGUAAAUGGUAAAUUUGAAGGAUAAAGGUGUUAAUUGUUAAAUACAGUACACAAGAUGAAUGCAAUGAAGUCAAGCAACAAUAGAAUACGCACACCAGCUAAAGUUAUUCCGAAAACUCCACUUCGACUUCCACGCCAAAUAUCUAACGCUUCUUCAAAAGAUUCCGUCCAAGUUUUCUGCCGUAUUCGGCCGGUGAAUACUGAAAAUGAAGAAUCAUGCGUGAAGGUCAUUUCACCGACGACAGUCGUUCUUACACCACCCGAAAUAGCAGUCAAUUACAAAUCGGCUUGUCUGCGCGAAACGCAUUACAUAUUCAAAAACGUUUUCGAUCCGCAAUCACGACAACGGGAGGUGUACAAUGUAGUCGCACAACCGCUCGUAGAGGGAUUGAUUCGAGGCAGAAAUGGACUUUUGUUUACUUAUGGCGUAACGGGCAGUGGGAAAACUUUCACAAUGACUGGAAACUCAAACGAUCAAGGCAUCAUGCCCCGUUGCUUGGACGUUUUAUUUAAGACGAUCAAUGAUUACCAAACGAAAAAGUUUGUCUUCAAGCCGGACCGCAUGAAUGGAUUCGAAAUAUUGUCGGAAGCGGACGCUAUGCUCGAACGACAAGCGGAAAUGAAUACACGAUUCGGUAAAUUUCGUGGGCGUGUUGAUUCUGAUCCAGAAAUUGCGUCGCGUGCAUCCAAAGACCCGUCGGCACUGGAUGGCAUCAAUGAAGACAACAUGUAUGCGGUAUUCAUCACUUACAUUGAGGUCUACAAUAACAGCGUCUACGACUUGUUGGAAGACACUCCUGUGCAACGGACUUUGCAAAGCAAAAUCAUCCGCGAGGAUUCCAGUCACAAUAUGUACGUCCAUUUGGCCACAGAAGUUGAGGUGAAGAGCUUGCCGGAAGCCAUCGAAGCAUUCCAGAAAGGUCAAAAGAGAAAACGAAUGGGUCACACCAUUCUGAAUGCUGAAUCAAGUCGGAGUCAUUCGGUGUUCACCAUUCGUUUGGUACAGGCGCCGACGGAUAGCCAGGGCGAGACCGUUUUACAAGAUCGUCGAACGGUUACAGUGAGUCAAUUGUCUCUGGUAGAUUUGGCUGGAAGUGAACGGACGAGCCGUACGAACAAUACCGGACAACGGCUACGAGAGGCCGGCAACAUCAACAAUUCGCUAAUGACUUUGCGCACUUGUUUGGAGAUUUUGCGCGAAAAUCAGUUGAAUGGAUCCAAUAAAAAGGUUCCGUACAGAGAUUCGAAGGUGUCACAUCUGUUCAAGAACUAUUUCGAAGGCGAAGGCAGUGUCAAGAUGAUCGUUUGUAUCAACCCAAGAAACGAGGACUAUGAUGAAUCGGUGCAAGUCAUCAAAUUCGCCGAAAUGACCCAAGAAGUUCAGGUUCAACGUGCAACGCCGAUACGUCUUGACGUUGGUCUGACACCAGGUCGUCGCAAGGCCAAUCAAUUGUUCAAAAUGGCCGUAAACAAUUUGGAUGCAAUGGGCAGACCGGAAGCGAAAAAACUUGAUGUUGAUGUUGGCCUCGUGUAUAGUCUCGGACCGAAAUUCCCCGAAUAUCGAAUCAAUAGUCCGGAGGCAGAACAUACAAUUGCGCAUCUGAUGAAGCACUUGGAACAGCGUAUUCAGAAGCGACAGAUUCUGUUGAACGAUUACACCGCCAAAGGCGAUGCCUUUCGUGCCGCUUUGGUGCAAAUGGAACGUGACUCGUACAAUUUGAAAAGUGAAAAUGCUUCCUUGACGGCUAUGCUGCAAAACGAGCGACAGAAGGUGAUCGCCUACGAGGAGAAAUUGGCUCAGUACGAAGACACAGUCAGCGAUCUGAGUCGUCAGGUUAAGGAUCGUGAAUCGAUGAUUCGUGAAAUGAAAGGUCAACUGAACCAGAAACAACAAGUCAUUUGCCAGAAGGAAUUGGAGAAGGAGAAACAAAAACGGAAAUACGAUAAUCGCUUGGCCAGUGAAACUGGCAAACUCACAAAGGAAAUGGAACAGAAGUACCAAGAACAACAGCUAAAGAUGAAGGAGGAGUUGCGUGACAAGGAAAAUCGUUUAAAAUUGGCGCACGAUGUGCUGUCAUCGGAUUAUUUGCCAGACAGAUACGUUUCGAGUAAAUCAACACGACCCGCUACUUCAAAUAUCGAAGAAGCUAGUGUCACCUCUGAUUAUCAUUCUGCUACGUUUAUGCGAUCACAAACACCACGAGCGCCACGGGGCAUUGCUGCUUCCAAUAUCCGCCAUCGUCGAUCACGUUCCACCGGUGAGCGCUGGUUAGAGCAUCGCGCGGCGAAUCCAGUUCCGCUAGACACAAUACUUCAACCGUUUUACAAAAAUCGCAAAUCGAUCACAAAGCUAACGGACAUCAAAGACGUUACCAAUCCGAAAACAUCAAAAUAUUGCCUGGUAUCACAAUCGGCCGACACGGAUGGCGAAGUGGAAACUCGAUUGUACAAAGGAAAUGUAAUACCGACAUGUGGCGGUGGUGCACAGGUAGUAUUCGAUGAUGUUGAAUGCUUGAAGCAACGAUCGCCGGAAGCACCCAUUCGCAAACGAUCGAGCCGUGGCGAAUGCUUCAGUCCGGUAAAGGAAACGCCGUCGAAUUACAGCGUUGGAAUGGGAAGUCACAGCACCAAGAAGAGCAAGCGCUAAAUUGUCAUCGCAAUUGCCGUUGGAUUUGAAUUAUUUUUCUUUAUUUUUUCUACGUUUUGAAUUUACCUUCUCCACUUCAGGAACCUCUGAGGUAAAAGUAAUGGUUUGAACCAUCGGACAUCAUGCGAUACAUUUAUUUAUAUUUUCAUUUUGUUCUCUUCGGGUAUAUGUUCGGAGCAUAAAAUGUCUGUGUUUUCUAUAAAGAAUUUUCCAAUGGGAAAUUCGUUAGCAUAUAAGCGGAUCAGAUAUCAAAUAUAAUGGUUGAGUCAGA